AUGAGGGAUGUAGGGAGUCUGGGUAUUAGAAGUUUGAGUGUUAUGAACUUAUGCCUCCUUGUCAAAUGGUGGUGGAGAUUUGGGUGUGCUAAUAGGGUUUCAUGGAAGGAUAUUUUUCGCGGCAAAUAUAACUAUGCCACUAAUGGUUGGUUGCAUCUUUUGAUCCUCAAACCAAAGUCUCAAGAGUUUGGAAGGACAUUUUGUCUGCAGCAUUUUCUAACCCUAGUGUUCUUGUUUUAUACCAGUCGAAUGCAACUGUUUGCUUGGGAAAUGGAUGAAUGCUCUCAGCUCAUUCACUUGCUUCAUUGUAGCACUGUACUGAGUGAAUUAAAGGAUGACAAAUUGGUUUGGAAAGCUGAAGUAUCCGGGUUAUUCACUGUGAAAUCAAUUUAUGAUCGGUUCAUUUUGAAUCUUGGUCCAUUGCCUUUUGUGCCUCGAGCGAUAUGGAUGAAUAUUGCUCCCUCUAAGAUGCAAUUCACCUGUUGGCUAGCUUGGAAAGGCAGACUAAAAGCUUCAGUGUUUCUUCAUAGCAUUGGUGUUCUUGAUCCUACUGUAGAUCCUUUAUGCAUUUUCUGUAAUUCUUGUGAUGAAGAUGUGAACCGUGUGAUCCUUCAUUGUAGUUUUGCUUGGAAAAUCUGGACAGAGAUUUUGUCAUGGUGGGGUAUUAUUUGGGUGGUUCCUCAAUCUGUGAGUCAUUUGUUAGAGUGGUGGGACGGAUUCAAAUUCAAAAAGUUGGAAAAUAGUAUUUGGGGUGCAAUUCUAGCUGCUGUGAUAUGGAAUUUAUGGAAGGCUAGAAAUGGGUGCAAGUUUGCUAGUCUUGGUAUUAAUUGGGAAGGUUUGUGA